UCUCCCUCCUUUCCCUCCGCCGCCGCCGCCGCCCGUUCCUCCCUCCCGGCGAGGAGUGCGGGGCGCGGGGCGCGCCGGGGCGGGGGCUCGGGGACUUCGGGCCGAAGUUGGCGGCGCGAUGGGGAACGAACGCUGGAAAACCAUGGGAGGAGCCUCGCAACUUGAGGACGGGCAGCAGGAGAAACCGCAGAGGAUGAGCUGUGGCUACGUGCUGUGCACCGUCCUGCUCUCGGUGGCCGUCCUCUUGGCAGUGACAGUGACAGGGGCCAUCCUCUUCAUGAACCACUACCACACACCCGUCACCGAGCCCCCGCCAGUCAUCAGCACCAACCCCGAGGAGGCCAACGCGUUGGUGACCAUCGAGAAAGCCGACAGCUCCCGCAUCAACAUCUUCAUAGAUCCCAACUGCCCCGACCCGGCGGGCAGCGUCGGGCGCCUGGAGGGGCUGCAGGGCUCCCUGCUGCGCGCCCUCGCCGAGCACGAUGCUGAGACCAAGGCCACCAAGGGCCAGCAGAAGGCCCUGCUGCUUGGUGUGGCCGACGAGGUGGCCAAGCUGGUGACGCACGCAGCGCAACUGCGAGCUGACUGCGAUGGCCUCAAGAAGGGGCACAGUGCUAUGGGGCAGGAGCUCAGCGCCCUGCAGAGCGAGCAGGGCAGGCUCAUCCAGCUCCUCUCAGAGAGCCAGACCAACAUGGCCCGGCUGGUGAGCUCAGUCAGUGAUGUGCUGGACACGCUGCAGAAGGAGCGUGGCGGCGUCCGGCCCCGGCUCAAGGCUGACCUGCAGCGAGCCCCAGCACGGGGAGCACGGCCUCGUGGCUGCUCCAAUGGCUCCCGGCCCCGGGACUGCUUUGACAUCUAUGUGAGCGGACAGCAAGAGGAUGGGAUUUACUCCAUCUUCCCCACACAUUACCCCUCGGGCUUCCAGGUCUACUGCGACAUGACGACCGACGGGGGCGGCUGGACGGUGUUCCAGCGACGGGAGGACGGCUCUGUGAACUUCUUCCGCGGUUGGGAAGCCUACCGGGACGGCUUUGGGAAGCUGACAGGAGAGCACUGGUUAGGGCUGAAGCGGAUCCACGUGCUGACGGUGCAGGGCAGCUACGAGCUGCGCGUUGACCUGGAGGACUUCGACAACGGCACCGCCUUCGCACACUACGGCAGCUUUGGUGUGGGGCUCUUCUCUGUUGACCCCGAGGAGGACGGGUACCCCAUCUCCAUCGCCGACUACUCGGGGACAGCAGGAGAUUCCUUCCUGAAGCACAACGGGAUGAAGUUCACCACCAAGGACCUGGAUAACGACCACUCAGAGAACAACUGCGCGGCGUUCUACCACGGCGCCUGGUGGUACCGUAACUGCCAUACCUCCAACCUCAACGGGCAGUACCUCAAGGGCCACCACAGCUCCUACGCCGAUGGCAUCGAGUGGUCCUCCUGGACUGGCUGGCAGUACUCCCUCAAGUUCACUGAGAUGAAGAUCCGGCCCGUCCGGGAGGAGAAUUAGCGGAUGGACCGAGCCCCUCCCUGAUCCCUGCCCUUCCCACUGCCCCAUGGUUCCUCUCUUCCUGAUGCACCCCAUGCCACCAUCCUGCCCUGGGGUCCUGUGGGAGCAUCUCUCCGCCGGGGACGAUGGCUUUGUCCUGACCCCAUGCCCUCUGCUCCCCACUGGGAUGGGCCUCCUCUCCCUGGGCCACACCGGAUGCUCAUGGUGCAGUGGGGACUUGGGGAGCAGUGCACAAGGAGGGGAGGGGAUGGAGGGGCUGGAGACCAUUUCUGGGGCGCAGAGCCCCCACGGUGCUACUGAGGACAGGGAGGGCUCUGCUGGGUUGGUGCUCACACGAGUGCCAGUGGUUCCUUCUCUGCAAACAUUCUCCUCUCUGUCUUCCGAGAGGGGAAGGGACACCUACAGACCUCACUGCCCCUGCUCGUGGAGCUGCACAGCACAUGGGCACAGCGCUGCAGGGAUGGAUGCCCACAGCCAAGCAUGGCACAAAGCUGUGCGGUGGCAUCAGCAAAGCAGAGAGCGGGAGGAAAAGGAGGAAGCAGGGAAAGCACAACCCCCAGUACAGCUCUGCCUUCCCUGCACAGCUCCUGCCCCGGAUGCACGAUGGGUUUUCACCAUCCAGAAGCUGUGACCUUGCCCUCUGUUUCAGCAGCACCCCCACAGGGCCCCCCGCCCGGCAACCCGCAUUCAUUUCCAUCCCCGAUGAGCCACGCUCCAGCUCUGGCUCUGCACCUGCAGAUAUUCAAAGCCUUUCGUUUCUUCAAAUCCCAUUAAGGUUUUGCAAAAAGCAGCCCUGAGUGGGGCUUAGCAUCUGCAGGGCGCUGAUAACGGGGCUGCAUCCUCAGCCCACCAGGCACUGUGCUGCUGAGGGGUGCAGCAGCCCCGGCCCCAUAGGAAUGGGAAAGGCUCCUACAAGGACUUCAAUGGGUGCUUUUGUCCAAAAACAACACCAAUAAAGCUGGUGUGAGGGGAGGGGAAGCCGGGACCCCCUGCACCUUUGCAUCAUUUCCCACAGCACUGAGGAUACAGCCCCACAACAGACCCCAACCCCAUGGAGAACUAUUGGAGCACCCUGAGGAGGGGAGGACAGACCCAGAGCUGUGCUGCGCGGAGACCCAAAGCACAGUGAGAUCAAAGGUUCAUUCCUGCAGCCGCAGCUCUGCACUUCUCGACGUGCUCCUUUUUUUAAGCCUUCCCCUGCUCUCAUUCCACACUGGAUGAGCGCUUCCAUCUGGGCGAUUCUCCAUCCCUCUGCCCCACGGGGACCGGAGACACACGAUGCGCUGGGACCACCCUGAGCCAGAGACACUGCACUGCUCACAUCCAACCAAAUCCACUGGGGGGGCCCAACACCCCACAGAGGGCAGCAGCCCCCCAACUGCACCCCAAGGGUCUGCAGGGCCGUGCCCACCUUUGCUGUUAGCUCAUUGAUUUCGGUGGGUUCAUACAGCUGGUUCAUAUAGCAUUUGCCUUCGGGAGGAACGACCCAGAGCCCAUGUGUGGGGUCCUUGUGGUCCUGAGCUCUGAAUGGACAGGAAUGGGGUGUUGUAGUGUGUUGGUAGCACUUCCCUGUGUCCUGCCCCUCCCACCCAGGACUCCCAAACGAGUUCGUUUCGCGUUGCACGAGAGGUAUUCCAUACAGCCCGAGAUGACGGGUUUUCCAGGAUGAGUGCUGGGAGUGCACAUGGCACUCAGUAACCCCAGGCUGGGAUGAACCCACUCCCAGUGCCACCUCGCCAGGGUGGCCAUGGGGACAUCAGGAGACGGCACAGCUGCAGUGUGGUGCUGGGGACUGGAGGGGAGGCGUACGGCUCCAGGCCUGGAGCACGGCCAUGUCCCUCCCCGCGGCCGUCGCGUCGUGUUGCUGUGCCGUGAGGUCUCCAUUGUGUGUGAGUGGUGUCCAGCGCUGUCCAUGUGGACUUUCUGAACUCCUUAAUAAAAGGAACUCAUCGUUA